CCAAAGGCCGGCAGCAAAUGAGCGCAGGUGGCUGCGGCCCUUCGUCGUACUCUCGAAUGCGCAAGCGCGGUCGUUCCGGGUGCUCGGAAGACCUGGCGGAGCCCGGCGCUGAUGGAGGCCCGAGGGCGGCGGGGGCGGGGCGCGCCGCGAGCUGGGGGCAUGUCCACGGCGGGCGCCGUCUAGAGGAGGGCCGAGCAGCCGCCACCACGCUUUCCGUCGCGGCGAGACGCAAGCGAGCCAGGCCGAGGGCCGCGGCGGCGAUGCAGCGACGGCGGCGCCCUCCGCCGCCAGUCUCUCAGCUGCCCGAGGGCUGCGGGGGAGGCGGCGGCAGCCGCGGAGGAGGCGGAGGGAGCGAGGAGGUGGAAGUGCAGUUCUCCGCCGGGCGUUUGGGCUCCGCCGCGGCGGUUUCGGCGGCGGCGGCCACGCGCAGCACAGAGGAAGAGGAGGAGAGGCUCGAGCGCGAGCACUUCUGGAAGAUCAUUAAUGCCUUCCGCUACUACGGCACCAGUAUGCAUGAGCGAGUGCACCGAACAGAAAGACAAUUUCGAUCACUCCCAGCGAAUCAGCAGAAACUACUUCCGCAGUUUCUUCUUCACUUGGACAAGAUCCGGAAAUGCGUUGAUCAUAAUCAAGAAAUACUACUCACCAUUGUGAAUGAUUGCAUACAUAUGUUUGAAAAUAAAGAAUAUGGAGAAGAUGAGAAUGGAAAGAUUAUGCCAGCAUCUACAUUUGACAUGGAUAAGUUAAAAUCCACAUUGAAACAGUUUGUGAGAGACUGGAGUGAAACUGGGAAAGCAGAAAGGGAUGCCUGCUACCAGCCAAUCAUUAAAGAAAUUUUAAAAAAUUUUCCAAAAGAGAGAUGGGAUCCUUCUAAAGUAAAUAUUCUGGUACCUGGUGCUGGACUAGGAAGACUGGCCUGGGAAAUAGCUAUGCUAGGUUAUGCUUGUCAAGGAAAUGAAUGGAGUUUUUUUAUGCUCUUUUCUUCCAACUUUGUACUCAACAGAUGUUCUGAAAUUAAUAAAUAUAAGCUUUAUCCCUGGAUUCAUCAGUUUAGCAAUAACCGGAGGUCAGCUGAUCAAAUUCGACCCAUCUUUUUCCCUGAUGUUGACCCCCACAGUCUUCCUCCCGGUUCUAACUUUUCUAUGACAGCAGGAGAUUUUCAGGAGAUAUACUCAGAAUGCAGUACCUGGGACUGUAUUGCUACCUGUUUCUUCAUAGACACAGCUCACAAUGUAAUUGAUUAUAUUGACACAAUAUGGAAAAUACUCAAACCAGGUGGAAUUUGGAUAAAUCUAGGUCCUCUGCUAUACCACUUUGAAAAUUUGGCAAAUGAACUUUCCAUAGAAUUGAGCUAUGAGGAUAUAAAAAACGUUGUCCUGCAGUAUGGAUUCCAGGUAGAGGUGGAAAAAGAAUCUGUCUUGUCAACAUAUACUGUGAAUGAUCUCUCCAUGAUGAAGUACUACUAUGAAUGUGUCUUGUUUGUGGUCCGUAAACCACAGUAAUGGUCUCAAGUGGUAUCACAAGGAAAAAAGCUUAAUAAUAGCAGAUGCUGAAAUAAACAACUCAAAGUCGACUAUCACAAUGACGGGACACAACCUCAAGUCAGUGGUGCCUUCUUAUUCCUAACAGAAUUAAGAAAUAGCGUCUAUUUUCUUAAUAUGUCUAUUGCUUUUUCAGAAACAUACUAUGCCAUGCAUAUUUGUACUACACAAGUAAAAAUGGAGGAAAUGUCUUCAAGUAUACAUUUUCCUUGAAGCCCAGAAUUAUCUUUCAGUAGAAAAAACUUUAUCUCCAGUGUCUUCAUGAAGCUGUCCAUUGCAAGUCUGCCAUAUGAAUGACUAAUAGUAUUGAAGUCCAUACUAAUCUCCUUUUUUGUUCUUUUGUAUGCAUUGCACAUGUUAUUUUUAAAAGAGUCUAAGGAUCCUCUGUCACUUUCAACAUCUGGAAUUGGGAAUUUUGUUUACUUUGGACCUAAGGAAUCUAUACAUCAAAUGUGCAUCUAUUCUUUUAUCAUUCAGAUUAUUUGAUUUUAUUUUCUAGCUCAGCUGAGUUUAUAGUUAGCAUCAAACAUUUCAUUUUUAUGAAAUGCUGAAUUCAUAGGAUCACAGGCCAGUAAAAUGCAUUUUAAAUAACUGAGAAAUUAAGUCUUUUGGCCACACUAAAUUGAACGCUUUUUGAAAGCAUACUCAUCAUGGAUCACUCUGAAAUGUAUGAGAUUACACCAUUCUAAGUGAGGCACAAAAGCCUUUAUUAAAGGUACUGCUCGGAAACUAGGGACAUGAGAAUAAAAUCUGCCCAUUUGAAAUGUAUGAUUUCAAACUAUAAAUGAAUACAGAGUUUGUCAGUGAGAUGUUUACAAUAAUGUCUUUUCUUUAGGUUACAUGAAUUACAAAAGCAAGCACUUUUUUUCCGUUAAAACAAUUAUAUACUAGUAAAAACUGUCAUGAUAGUAUUAAUGUGGAGAAAUUUUGACUAUGAAAUUUAGGGAUACAUUACUGCCCAUGGUCUGUGUCUUUGAUAUUGUAAGAAGCAGCCAUUAAUAUAAUUUCAGAUUAAUACCAAUUUUGUUCCCUGAUAGCUGUAGCUAAAACAGUAUAUAUGCUGCUUUAAAUUUCUACCUCUAGCGGAUCUUUAUUGGAGGGAGUUUUCCUUUGUAUUUUUUUAAUGUUUAUUAUCCUGUUUUCCAGUAGCUUGAUAAGUAGAGAUGACUAAUUUAACCUUUUCUUGGAGAAAAGGAAGUAAUAUUGAAUAUUUUCACAGAUGAUUGUGAUGACAUUAAGUGACCUCUGUGGCAAUUUGGAUUAGAUAGACUUAAUCUCAAUAAUGUGCUGGUAGCAUGAAUGUCAUGUUUUCAUAGGAAAACUUACUUAGAAAUCUUUAGACCUUUACUGUCAGUUAGGUGCGGGGGAGUCACUAUGCGAUUUGGCAUCUUACCAGUAGGACCUUUUCUGCGUACACUACAGGAGCUCCUGUGGCCUUCAUGCCCAUGAUGCAGUGAAGGAUUCCGUGAAGUUAAUUUGAUUUGUCAAGUUAUGGACACGUGUAUGUAACCUGUUGAGUGUUUCUGAAAAACUGUUUCUCUUUUUUGUGUUCCUCAAUACUUGGCAGAUAUUCACUUAGUGGGAAUUCUCCUUACCUACCACAUGGAUGAACUUGAAAUUAAUUGCCAGGGGAAAAACACCCCAAAUUUAUUAUUUUCUUUUAAAGAAAGAAACUUAAAAGGAGCAUAAGUAUUUUUAAAAAGCCAUUGAAAGGAAAGGAAUCAUACUGUUUGUAACUUAGAAAUGCUUUUUAUUCACUGAUUAAUAUUCACUUUUUUACAACUUGUAUCAAAACAAACGAUCUUGGUUUUCUCAUAGAGGGAAAAACAGGUUGACACCAAGGGGUUGGCAUUAUUACGUAAAAUUUUUGCUAUCAGGUUUUAUUCUUUAAUGAUGUUAAUUAUAUUUCUAAAUUAUAGCUUAUAUUUUAGUUAAUUCUGAAAUCAGUUAUUUCAUUUGUUUCUAAUUUCUCCCUCAUGUUAUGAAUACUGUUUUUUAAAUGUACUUCACAAAUUUGCGUCACUCUUUUUCUUAUAGCUUUUGUAGUUAAUCUAAACUUGAAAAUUGUGGUAUCAAUCAAUGAUAGAGGUGUCACUGGAGGAUUUAAUUUUGUAUUUCUUAUGUGUAGAAAUAGCUACUAAAGUGUGUAAGCCUUAAAGUUUAAAACAUUUUUCUUAAAUAACUCUAUACACAAAUGUUUUCAUUCAUUUUCAUCAAGUGGGAGGAGAUAGGUCAUUGUGCUUGCUUUUGUUAUUGUUUUUUUUAAAAUUUCCAUAAUCUGAAGCAGUGCAGGCUAGGGUAUAUUAAUCAAGUGAGCAAGAUGGGAUAUGUAAAAUAUAAAGAGAAGCUGUAUAAAUCACAGUAUAAAAUUAUGAAGUUUGGGAAUUGUAAAAUGUACUGUAUUUAUAUGUAACUCUCAUUCUAAAAGUUGCCACAAAGGCUGAAUCGGAAGCUUCAUGUCUGCAUGAAAUUUCCUAUAUUUUUAAUGUGUAUGAUGGACUUAAUUUUUCUUGAAUAUUAAAGUCUGCCAAUUGCUAUGAAACAAUAUUUGCUUGGUUGUUUCCAUCUAAAUUACUCAUAACCAUAGACAUGGGAAUUUUAAUUAAUUGAACACAUAAUACUUUUGAACCCUUGGAUUAGCCUAUUUUUAUAUGCAUCUAAUAUGAUUACUUGGUUUCUGAGUAUGCUAGGCCUUAUGCUAAUUAAUCUUGAUCUUUGGUUUUGUUAAAUAAUCAAACAAGAAUUGUAAAGGAACCAGUAGAAGAAAAUUCCAGGACCAGCCAUUAGUAGGAUGAGCACUUAACUUGCACUUAGAUACUUUUCCUGAAUUAUUAUUUGUGAUCUUGGGCAAGGUGCUCCAAGUUUGUUUCCUCAUCUAUAAGAGAGGAUUGAUACCACCUAUUUCAGCGGGUUUUUAUGAGGUCGUAUGUGCUAUCUGUGAAAUAUUAUACAGGUGUACCUCAUUUUAUUGCGCUUUGCAAAUAGUGCAUUUUUUACAAAUCGCAGGUUUGUGAUAACCCUUGUGUUGAGCAAGUCUAUCGGCACCAUUUUUCCAACAGUAUUUGCUCAUUUCGUGUCUUUGUGUCACAUUUUGGUAAUUCUUGCAAUAUUUCAAACUUUUCCAUUAUUGUAUUUGUUAUGGUCAUCUGUGAACAGUGAUCUUUGAUGUUACCAUUGCAAAGAGAUUAUGACUUGCUGAAGGUUUAGAUGAUGGUAGCAUUUUUAGCAAUAGGUAUUUUUAAAUUAAGGUAUGUACAUUUUUUAAGACAUAAUGCUACUGUACAGUUAAUAAAUGACAGUAUAAACAUAACUUUCAGAUGUCCUGGGAAACCAGAAUAUUUGUGUGACUCACUUUAUUGCGAUAUUAGCUUUAUUGCAAUGGUCUGGAACCGAGUCUGCAAUGUCUCUGAGGUAUGCCUGUAUGUGAAUAUG